GGCUGUUCUUCCUUCCAUAUCUGAUCGGCGGGCAGGGUAAGAAGAUUGUGAAGCAAUUCAAAAUGCCUCCGAGCGGAAAUGUUGCUAAAAAGGACCAAAAGGCUCAGGCUGAAAAGGCAGCCAAGGCUGUUAAAGGCACCACCUUCAAGAAGAAGGCAAAGAAGAUCCGCACCAAGGUCACCUUCCACAGGCCAAAGACACUUAAACAGGACAGGAACCCAAAGUAUCCCAGAAUCAGUGUCCCUCCUAGAAACAAGCUCGACCAUUACCAAAUCCUUAAAUAUCCUUUGACAACUGAGUCUGCAAUGAAGAAGAUUGAGGAUAACAACACCCUGGUUUUCAUCGUUGAUAUCUGUGCUGACAAGAAGAAAAUCAAAGAUGCUGUCAAGAAAAUGUAUGAAAUUGAGACCAAGAAGGUCAACACCUUGAUCAGGCCUGAUGGAACCAAGAAGGCAUAUGUACGGUUGACUGCAGAUUUUGAUGCAUUGGACGUCGCCAACAAGAUUGGAAUCAUCUAAACAAAAUUUGUACUGUCCAAUGCCCCUAAUGCUCUCUCUAUAGACCUGUUUUAAAUUUUUGUUGGUGUUGGUAAUUUCACAAUCACCCUGUAGCGUUUCUAUCUGUUUUAAUGGUGCAUUUGAAUUUCGGGCUUGUUAAUGCCGUGUUUCUCAACUUUGGUGCAUUCUAUUCUCUCUAUUUGAGCCUAGAUUUAUUCUUCUGGAGACACUUUGGUUAUGCAUU